UGAAAACAAGGUGUGUUAGCAUUCAUCCAGAAGACGUCUGAUACUCCAGAGGUUUUAAAACACCCAACUGGAGCAUUAAUUCUGAGUAGGAUCGUCGUCUAAGAGUUUCUGUAAAAAAUCCAGACCCAGUGAAAAUUUUCGUGCAUACACAAAUGUAGAGGUGCAGUAUUUCUGCGCACAUUAUUUUAAGCGCGAGUAAUCUAAAAAUUUGAGCGGCUGUUCAUUACACAGAUCCCGAUCACGCAGAAUUGACUUUCUUACUUUCCGACCGUAGAUCUUACGUCAAAAAGAUAAUGUUAAAUUCAAAAAUUUUGUACAUUUUGAAAUAGAAAGAAUAAGGGCUCAACGGCCUCUAGAAACGCGUCAAUCGUGAUAUCAUAAAAUUUGAAUUUAUGUAGUCUCGCGUCGAAACAAAACGCAUGUGAAUUUCGCGGCACGUGCGCACUACAAUAAGUAAUGUCUAAUGAACGAUCGCGACUUAAAUAAUAAUACGUGUUUAAUUUCUAAAUUUGUUAUUUAAAAACGCGCAUGAAUUCAAACAAUAAAUUAAUGUAACAAUUAUAUCAACUUCCGCUGAUUUUUUGUUUAAAAAAAUUUAAAUUCUUUUGUUGUUAUUCAAAUUCAAGUUUGCCGCUGAUUAUUUCUCGAAUUUACGAUUUAUAAUUACCAGCAACAGAGCAGGUAAAUCGCACGUGUGUAUUUUUGGAGUAAACGUAAUAAUAGAAUUUAAAUACAUGUGCAUAACGGUUAUGUUAUUACGUAUAAUAUUGUAUGAAGGAGUAAAGGACAGGACUAGAAGACGUAAUACAGACAGCAUCCGAUGUGUGGGGAAUGCGUCUGCGCUUCUUGUUAAAAUCCUAUCUCUGAGAGCAGCAGGGGCGGAGUCCACCUAAACCCGGCAAUAUCUUUACUUCUCCGAAAGCUACAGUAGGCGCGAGGCCAGCAUUAUUUGGAUGCUGUCCAAACAACGCGGAACGACGAAACAGACUAGUUGAUGGUCUCUAAGUGAACUCACUGUUAUCCAAAACUUAAAUCUUAUUUUAGAAUUUCAUUAUAAUUUAUUAAUCCAAAUUAUAUGUUUGGCAAUAAUUUGAAUUAGAAAGUGAUUAUGACGUAAUAAAAAAUUUUACGUGAGUUAUAACUUUACGAAAACAUGCUGGAUGCUGUAACAGGAUAGAAGACCGUACCAACCAAGAGCUUAUCCGGACGUUGGUGUAGCAUCGAUCGAAUAUGUGCUUUUGUGCUUGACUCUCUGCUCAUUCUUUCUUUCUUUCUCCGCUCUCUCAUGUAAUGUACACACUGUUUGAUAACAAAGACAAAAAAACAUAAAAAAUAAAAAAAGCAACUAGUCUGUGAGGAUAUUUUACGGUGGUAGUGAUGGUGUACUGCCGCAAACGCAGCAUCACUACGCACAUUUAUUAAUCUUUUAUGAUGGAUUAUUUAUUUGAUUUACUGUUUCAGUUUUUCGACUGAGCACGUUUGAUUACGUCAAUACUAUCGUAAUAAUAGAAAAUACAAAUUAUAUUAUAUAUUAUUUAUUAUUUUGUGGUGACAGUGUUUUUUAUUCAAAUAACAUCAAUAAAUCUUACGUUAAACAACAUGUACAUUAAUAACCGAGGUAAACAACUUAUGGAGCGUCAAUACUGUUGAUUCAUUGUCGUAUGACAAUUGAGCGUUUGACUAUGACUAUAGCUUGAGAAUAAACAAUACAAAUCUACAGCAACAAUAGCAACAAUAACAAUACUGAGUAAAUCUCCGAGCAUUUGUGACUUUAACAGAGCGCCUACAUGAAACUAAAAUUAUAUGCACGACUGAUUAUAAAUCCUCUGGGAAUGUGCUCACUAAAAAAAAAAUUGUAAGCUUGCAGAGAACCACCAGCUAGACGACUCUAAAUAUUGAAACCGAAGUGAUGAUCAGCAAGGAAUCUUCAAUUAUUAAAAUUUCCAUCACAACACGUUCUCCGCGAUAUCUUCGUAGACGGGAGAUAUUAAAGCGGGACGGAUGUUUUCUGUUUAAAUUACUCUUAACGCUCUACUGCAUCGUUGGGGGUGACUGUGAGCCGCGGCGCGGUAUCAAAGAGCUGCAAGCUGCUUUGGCUGAGGACCGCGUGCCACCGCCCUUUUUGGGUCACUGUGACUUCGAAGCUCCAUGCGGGUCCUGGAACUACACGGGAAACUUUAAAAUCGUAUCGAAAAAUGACGCGACCGAGUACACCGCUGGACAUUAUUUACGUCUCGAUGGCCCUGAUAUUGGACAGAUUUGGUCGAUUCUUAUACCACACACUGGGUCACAGUGUUUUCUUAAAUUUGCGACCCGUCAAAUUAAGAUGAAAAAUGAAGGAAUCAUACGGCUCAUUAUUAUGUCUAAUAAUAUCACGACCUCUGUUGCUUCUGAACGACCGGGUAACGAUGACGCAAAGUGGAAUAUUACGGAACUUAAACUUGGAGCUAUUAGCCAACCGUACAGAGUUGGUCUUGAAAUAGAUGUUCCAAACAAUGCCAGUUUCUCUAUUGAUAAUAUAAGAUUGGAUGACUGUUUUCCAGAAUCUAGACCGUAUAAUGUUCAUAAUAAAUGCACACCGGAUAUGUUUCACUGCAAAAAUGGAUCUUGUAUAAAUAAAACACGAAUUUGUGAUUUGACACCGGAUUGUGCAGAAGGAGAAGAUGAAAUUCUCGAGUGUGACAAAGUGCCAGAGACUGCGAGGUGUAAUUUUGAAAACGGCUGGUGUGGGUGGGCAAACGCGCCGAAUAAAACUUUGCAGUGGACUUUACAUCAAGGCAGCACACCUACGGAAAGAACUGGUCCCAGUUAUGACCACACAUAUCGUAAUGUAACUGGUACUUAUGCAUUUGUGAAUUCAUCGAGAAAUCACGGAUUGGGUGAAAGCGCCACUAUCAAUAGCCCGAUAUUCAAUCCAACUCCGCCUUAUCAUGCUGAUCCAAAAAGCCGAUACUAUAAUUCAUGUCAAGUACGGUUUUUCUUUCAUCAGUACGGUGAAUUCAGUGGAUCUUUGGGGCUUUAUUUGAUACAACUUAAACCGCAUCAAAAUCAUUCAAAGCGAUUGUGGUGGAGUUACGGUGAUCGUAAUGAUAUCUGGUACAAUCAAGUAGUAACAUUGCCUGACAUAAGAUACCGAUAUUUUUUGCAAUUUGAAUCAAGCAAAAGCUACGCCGCAAAAGCUGAUGUCGCUAUUGAUGAUUUUUCAUUGAGUCCCGAGUGCUUUGGUAUUGGAGUACCAGCGGACGUGGUGGGAGAUUUUAAUUAUUACAGCCCAGUAAUAGAAUCUGAGCAUUCGAUCGAGCAGCACUUUGAUUUCGUGAAUGAAACAGUGAUGAGAAUAACAACAUGCGGCGCAACGGGGCGCUAUGGACCGACAACAAAGCAGUGCGCGCGCGAAUAUAAUAAAACAGAAUCAGAAGUCCAAGUUCCGGCAUUUUUACGUGUCAAUACAACCCAAAAUGAUUAUAAUCAGGGAAUUCAAAAGUGGGAGGUGCCCAGCGGCGGAUACUAUACAUUGAUAGCGAUGGGUGCACGCGGGGGCAGAGGAUCGGGAGAAAUGGGCAGCACUCUCGGAGCUUUAGUACGCGGAGUUAUUGAGCUUGAAAAGGGACAGAUUUUAUAUUUUUUAGUCGGACAACCGGGAACAGAUGCAUGCACUAAAAGUUUGGGCAUAAUGAAUAAUCCAUGCGGUGUUGUAUCUCACAGCGGUGGUAAUGAAUCACCAUUUGUUGGGAUGCAAUCUGCCAUACGUGAGGUAAAAAAUAUUGAAUUGACUAACGGUGGGGGUGGUGGUGGAGGUGCUACAUAUAUAUUUACCGUUAAAUCAACGGGAGAGCGACAGCCACUGAUGAUCGCUGCGGGUGGCGGUGGACUGGGAUUCGGACAAUUUGUCGAUGAUGGAAUCCAACAUGGUCAUGGACCUUUUGCAGACAAUAAAAAUCUCCUACUUGAAUUAACGCCGGGUGAAAGAUCGGGUGGUGGGGGUGGUGGAUGGAAUAGUUCAUCGACCCACGAUUUGCGAUUGCUAUCGGUGGGAAAAUCACUGAUGAAAGGAGGCGUGGGCGGUGUAGGGUGUCACCAGAAAAAUAAAACCCAUGGCGAUGGAGGGUUUGGCGGAGGAGGUGGAGGUUGUCGAACUGGCGGAGGCGGGGGUGGUUACAUUGGCGGGACUACGGGCAUUAAAAGCUCAACGAACGGCGAAGGUGGGUUCUCAUAUAUUGCCUCGGAACUCAUUCACUCGGCAUACAGAUCGGGAUACAAUCCUGGUCCCGGUCAAGUUAUCAUUGUACCGGCUAUCAGCGGAUGUGGAUGUGAUUUCCGUUGUGUUGCGGUGGAUCGACAUCUCAGUGAGACAAGAUGUCUGUGUCCACCAGGAUGGCAGCUUGGCAACGACUCACGUUCAUGUGUGGCCGACGAAUUAGAUCUCACCAACCAGACGAUGAAAAUAAUAUUGAUUAUCGUUUGUUUUAUAUUGGCAGUGUCUUUCUCUGCACUGUGCUUCAUACUUUACAAUAGAUAUCAAAAUAAAAAAGCACUGAUAAGACGUAGACAAGUUAUGUUCGGCAAUGGAACUGAAUUAACAUCAUUGCCAGUUGUAUCGGAUACCAUAAUGACUGAAUUCAAUCCGAAUUACGAGUUUGCUGGUAACUUUUACAGUAUCAAAGACUUGCCACAGAUACCGCGUGAAUCGAUUUCUUGCGUUAAACCACUUGGGCAAGGAGCUUUUGGUGAAGUAUUUCAAGGUGUUUAUAAGUAUACUCGCAAUGAAGAAGCCCAGAUUGCUGUUAAAACUUUACCAGCGGUUACCACAUCCCAAGCAGCUGCUGAUUUUAUGAUGGAGGCACUUAUUAUGAGUAAAUUUGAUCAUCCGAAUAUCGUUAAAUUUAUUGGAAUUUCAUUCGAUAAAAAUCCACGUUACAUUAUUUUGGAAUUACUUGCUGGCGGGGAUUUGAAAAAUUUUCUACGUGAAGAACGACCAAAACCUGACCGACCGACAAAUUUGACAAUGCGAGACUUAAUUAUUUGCGCUCAUGAUGUAGCGAGUGGCUGUAAAUACAUGGAAGAUGCACGUUUUAUUCAUCGUGACAUUGCAGCACGUAAUUGUCUACUGACUUGCAAAGGGCCUGGUCGGGUUGUCAAAAUCGCAGACUUUGGCAUGGCACGUGAUAUAUAUCGUAGUGAUUAUUAUAGAAAGGGUGGUAAAGCUAUGCUACCCAUUAAAUGGAUGCCACCAGAGAGUUUCUUAGAUGGUAUUUUCAGUACAAAGACUGAUGUGUGGGCGUUCGGUGUACUCCUUUGGGAGAUUAUGUCAUUUGGUUACAUGCCGUAUACUGGAUGCUCCAAUAGAGAAGUAAUGUCGAUGGUGCAGUCAGGCGGUCGUCUAGAGAAACCAGCCGAGUGUCCUGAUCCUAUUUAUGGAAUUAUGGCCAAGUGUUGGCAUCCAAGACCCGAAGGCCGACCAAGCUUCACUACUAUCGUCGAGAGACUAGGAUACUGUCUACAGGAUCCAGAUGUUACUAAUCAUCCGAUGCCAAAUUAUGACAUUCUGCCUGAUUGUGAUAGGGAGAUUACAAUUAUGAGACCUGAUCCAGAGACAGAAUGCAUUAACGUACAUUCUAAUCUGGACGGAUGUGGAUACAUGCAGCCACGGACUAAUUUUCGUCCCGGUGCCUACAAAAUAGGAUUUGUACCGGGGAUCGUCUACGCUUCUCUACGACACAAUGAUGAUUUGGAGGGUGAAAUUAUUCAAGAAACGACAUUAAUACAGCCAAAAGAACGUGAAGUUAAUGCCGAGAAUAUGAGGAUACGUAAAAUGUCAGAGGACAAGUCACCAAAUAUUUAUAAUGAGGAGAUAAUUAAGCAGCAGUUUAAUGAUGACAAAAGUUUGAAUGAAAAAUCGAUGCGAAAUGAACAGGAGUUGAGAAGAGAAUUUGAGAAGCCAAUUGAAAAUGGUGAAAGUACAACGACUGAUACUAUUUCCGAUUCACUGGUAAAUGCUUGUUCGGUAUCUCCUUCAGACACUGGACUAUCAUCACCAAACACACCUAAGUCAUCGCCAAACCACACAAACAUUAGUCCUAAUAAUUCAACCAAUAAUCUUAAUGGUAUUGUUAAGAAGAAUGCACUGAAAGCCACAUUGAGCUUGGAUCCAGCGACACUUUAUCGUGGAACUAUUCCAUAUGAGAAAAUAUCAUUUUCUCAAGCACCACCACGUCUAAGUAAUGCUGAUAGCUUAGAAAUGAAGAAGGAGUCAUUAGGACACGAAUUGCCGAGAGAAGAAGAGUGCUCCUGCUGAGAAAUGUUUACUGGGGACUGACGAGAACAUUCUCCCCACAUUACAAAAAGGCCAUUAAUGAGAUCAAUAUCAAUGCCAAUAAUGAUUAUCAAUUGUUACGACGAGUAUGACAGCGUAACAAGACAUUCUUCCGAAGAAACGCUCAUUUAAGAAAACAUAAACAUGACGAACUAAAAAAUAUAAUUACUAAUAGUAUUGAAGUCACAAUUUUUUACCUGAACUUUCUUUACGAUACUAUGCAGAGAAAAAAAAAUUUAUAUAUAUAAAUAUGAAUAAAUGAGUGUCCAAUUUUAUAUUGUAGAUCGACAUCAUCGAGUUUUAAUACGUAAAAAUAAAAAAGGAAACUUUAGAUUUAUAUGAUAAUUAUUUAAUGAGUAACUUCAUUAAUUGUGUGGCUUUAUAAAUAAUAAUAAAAAUUGUCGAAUUUAAAAAAAGUGGGAAAUUUAGAAAGACAGUUAGACAAAUAAAUGAAAUUUUCCCACUGAUUGUUUUAUUUAUUAAAAUAGUUUGCUGUAAGCAUAGUAAAGCUUUAGCGUGAAAAAUGAAAAUUUUAAGCUCACCAGUAUGUUAUAUUAGUGAAAAGAGUAAAAUAUAUAUGUGACAUGUUGAGUAAUCGUGUCUUUUAAAAUUAUUAAUAGACACAUUACAUGAAUAUUGUGUGUCAUAAUCGUGUAGCCCAAGACGAUAAAUCGUUUUGGAUGCAUAAACAAAACUAAUAUUAGUAAUAAUAAUAAAUAUUAUUACUAUUAUCAUGAGAAAACAUAAAAUUAAAGUUGAUAUAGUUUAUAACAUAAAUAUAUAUGAUUGUUUAAAUCCAAUGUAUAACAAAUUGUUUUUGUAAUUUUAUUUUUUUUUCGUGUUAUAAAUUGGAAUAACGGGGUAAAUAUAUGAUAUAAAUAUAUAUAUAUAUACGUAUUAAUUAUAAAUAAUGGUCGUUGAAUUCG